AUGAUUUCCUCGAACAAAUCCCAUCGGGAUGGUCAAAGCAAGAAACCUAACAUCAGCAUUGUAGCUGUCGAAACGACACUUUCAGCUUUGGGUUCUGCUGGCCUGGCAUGUCUAGAUCCGCAAGCCAGUAGCUUCAAGAUCCAUCAAACGGUUCGUAAAUGGAUACAAACCCGUCAAUGUCAGUCCUCCAUACGAUCUCUCGUGCAGAGAGCUCUUCAAGUUCUCAUUAAAGCCCUUGAGACAAUUGAUCAGGUUUCCUUGCAAAGGAUUGCAUACGAAGACCUAAUUAUACCACAUAUGACUUCAUGCCUUUCUUGGGCUGAGCGUGUAAUACCUCAAGAUCGCCCUCUCUUAGAUCCAAAGUACUGGAUGCUUUUUGGUCGUGCAUACUGGCGCCAAGGGGUGCUUCAAUCCGCUGAACGCGCUUUUCGUGAGGCUUGCAAGCUUUGUGAGGUCUCAGAAGAUGAUGGGUGUGACAAGCAGACUGUCUUGUUGCAAUUAGCAGGAGUCUUGCUCGAUAGAGGCCAAUUCAAACAGACUCAAGCCAUCUGCGAAGCAGAACUUAGACAGGGGAAUUCGGACCUCCAAAAAUCCGGCUUGAGGUUUGAAUUCUUAGAGUGCUUAGGCCAGGCCUUGAUUGAACAAGAAAAUGUGAAAAAAGCAGAGGCAGUCCUCAAAGAGGCUUUGCUAAGCUCUGAAGAUGUCUUUGGUUGCAAUUGUCAGGAGACAAUGAGAGCCGUCGAGGCUCUCACAAGCUUCUAUCAACAGAAUGAAGGCUACGAAAAAGCAGAAAUGCUACAGCGAAGACGGAUCAUAUACCUCGAGCAUCGAUAUGGCUCUGCAGACAUGGAAUACAUCAAUGCAAUGAGGAAUUUGGCAGUCCUUUGCCGGAAACAAGGAAAGUACAGUGACACGUUCUGGACGCUGAAAACGCUACUUCAGCUUUGCGAUGACGAGCUUGGCGAAGACCAUCCCGAUUCCAUUGAGCUCUGCGCAGAAAUCGCCGAGGUAUGCACCAUCCAGGGACACUCUUCCCAAGCGAGUCAAAUGUUCAAAAGGGCCAUUACAAGCGUCGAACGAGUCCUCGGACCCAAUCACGAUCUAUCUCUAAGAGUGCUCCAGAAAUAUGCUUAUGCACUGUACUCCCAGAAACGCUACUGUGAAGCUGAAAUUCUAUGUCAGAAGAUCAUGUCUCGUAGAAAAAGGUCUAAAUUUGCUAAGGAAGAUGAUACAAGGAUUCUAGAAAUACUGGAGAAGAUUCAGCGACGCCUGGAUGGGAAUGACAAGUUUCCGGCCAGGCGAGAAAAUUGUACUCGGCAACAAAAGGUCGUACAGGUAAGCUAUGAAGACACUCAGUCUCUGAGCGAGCGCGGGGACGCAGCGCUUGAGAAGUCUUGA